GACUCAGCGAUAAACAUGGGCACCUUAGACCAGAAAAGUCUUGAUGGCAGCAAGUUCCAGUUUCAUUUUUUCCACUUUCCAAUCUGAAACUUUUUACAUAUAUGUCCUACAUACAUUCAAGAGCAGAAAGAGAAACACAGGAUUGAAGCAAUAAUGAGCGCUAAGCUCCACUUCCUCUCUUCCUCUUGGCUGUUGCUCUUCUUUCUUUGUUAUGUAAAAUCACAAGAUCCACUUCCAAACACCACGGGCUACACUUGCAGUGCCAACCAGACCACCUAUCCUUGCCAAGCCUACGCUUUCUACCGAGCCUCGGCGCCUGAUUUAGUCAACCUUGCCUCGGCGCCUGAUUUACUCGACCUUGCCUCCAUCGCUGACCUUUUUUCAGUGAGUCGCCUCAUGAUAUCAAAGCCCAGUAAUAUAUCCUCCCCAUCGUCUCCUCUCAUCCCAAAUCAGCCUCUUUUUGUCCCUUUAACCUGUUCUUGUAAUACUUUGAAUGCCAGUAAUGUCAUCUCUUUUGCUAAUCUGUCAUACACAAUCAAGUCGGGUGACACUUUUUAUCUUGUGUCUACACAGCUGUACCGGAAUUUAACAACUUAUCAGUCUGUUGAGAUUGUUAAUCCUACUCUAGUUCCUACUAAGCUUGAGCCUGGUGAUGUUGUUCAAUUUCCAAUCUUUUGCAAGUGCCCUAAUGAAACUCAAUUGCAAAACCAGGUGAAGUAUCUUGUGUCUUAUGUGCUUCAACCUUCUGAUAACUUGUCAUCAAUUGCUUCAACGUUUGGAACAGAAACACAGGCAAUAAUAGAUGUUAAUGGGAAUAACAGUCAGCCAUUUGAAACGAUAUUUGUCCCAGUCACAAGACUUCCACAACUAACACAGCCUGAUGUUGCUCCUUCGAAAUCUCCUGGAAACACUGAGAGAAAAGGAGUUGUUACAGGAUUGGCAAUUGGGUUGGCUAUUUGUGGAAUCUUGUUGGUUUUGACUAGUGGGUUGUUGAUUUAUAGUGAGGUUAUUUUAAAGAAGAGGAGACAGAGGGAGUUUGAUGAUGCCGAGAAGCAGAAGCAACAGUUUGAUAAAGGAGGGAAGGGCUUCAAGAAUAUGGAGGUUAAUUUAAUGGCAGAUGUUUCAGAUUGCUUAGACAAGUACAAAUUGUUCAAGAUUGAAGAACUCAGAGAAGCUACAAAUGGUUUCAGUGAGGAUUGCUUGAUUCAAGGGUCUGUUUACAAAGGGUUCAUUGAUGGAGAGAUCUAUGCAAUCAAGACGAUGAAAUGGAAUGCCUGUGAGGAGUUGAAGAUCUUACAAAAGGUGAAUCAUGGGAAUCUGGUGAAGUUAGAAGGUUUCUGCAUAGACCCUGAAGAUACAAAUUGCUAUUUGAUCUAUGAGUACAUUGAAAAUGGCUCCCUCCAUUCAUGGCUCCACGAAAACAGCAACAAAAAACUGAACUGGAAAACAAGGUUAAGGAUUGCCAUUGAUGUUGCCAAUGGCCUGCAAUAUAUCCAUGAGCACACUAGGCCGAGAGUUGUACAUAAAGACAUCAAAAGCAGCAACAUUCUCUUGGACUCGAACAUGAGGGCGAAAAUCGCAAACUUUGGACUAGCAAAAUCAGGCUGCAAUGCCAUAACUAUGCACAUUGUUGGCACUCAAGGCUACAUCGCCCCUGAGUAUCUAGCAGACGGGGUAGUGUCAACAAAAAUGGAUGUUUUUUCCUUCGGGGUGGUGCUGCUUGAGCUUAUAUCAGGCAAGGAGGUGAUCGAUGAAGAGGGGAGGGUGUUGUGGACAAGUGCUGGUGGAAUUUUGGAAGGGAAUAAUGAAGAGAGAAAGGUGAGAAGAAUGAAAGAGUGGAUGGAUGAGGUGUUUCUGCAGGAUACAUGCUCAAUGGAGAGUGUGAUGAGUGUCAUGGCUAUUGCCAUUGCUUGUGUGCAGAGAGAUCCUUCCAAGCGGCCAAGUAUGGUGGAUAUUGCGUAUGCAUUGUGCAAGAGUGAUGACUUGUUUUUUGAUGUUUCUGAAGAUGGAUUAGCAACCCCUGAGCUAAAUGCAAGAUGAAGCAGCUUUGAUGUUAUCAGAUUGUGCCAGUUGAAGGAGUUUUGGCAAGAUUUUCCAAUCCAUGCCUUGCAUUGUAUAUAGCAGCAAUAAGAAAAUGAGACACUACAAACAAAACCAGGCCUAUAUAUUUUUUUUUCUUCAAGGUGAAAUUUAGAAGUUUUUAUUUGAUUAUGACAACUUUUGAGUUAAUAAAAAUAAUUUCAAAUAUAA